CAGCAGAUUCAAUUUGUUGACAUUUGACACAUAAAUUGUAUUGCGGAGAAGGAAUUUUCUUUGUUUAUCAAUUAAUAUUUUUAAACUCUGUACAAAUGGAAGUAAUAAAGGUUAUAACGCAGGACUACGUAAAUGUUCACAUCACAACGUCUGAUAGCGAAGAUGGGCCGCCGAUUGAAAGACGGUUCAAGAAAGAAAUUUCCGUGCUUGAGUUUAAGACAAAACUAGAGCUGGUUACUGGAGGAUCAGCAGCUACCAUGAAGCUAAAGGUGUUUGACAACAAAAACAACUUUGUGUGUGACAUUGACAAUGACAAAGCUCUCCUUGGGUCCUACCCCAUCGAUGAUGGUGCCAGGAUCCAUGUCAUUGACAACUUCACAAUGGUCAAAGAUUUUGCAGCCAAUGAUAGCGGUGAAAGGUUUCAACUAUCUGAAGAGGACUAUGAAAAGAAGGGAGACACGCUGCGCUCGUUCCUGCAGCGUAACAAACUGGGCAAGUACAAUGAGGAGGAGAUGAGCAAACUAAAGGAGCAACAGCAGAAAGAAUUAGAAGAGGAGGCUAAUCUGGCGAGCAAGGUGCUGGUGGGCACACGGUGCGAGGUGCGCGCGCCCCGGCAGCCCGCGCGCCGCGCCACUGUGCGCUACAACGGACCGCUGGAGGGGGCGCGCGGAUUCUGGAUUGGUGUGCAAUAUGAUGAGCCGCUCGGCAAGAACGACGGAGAAGUAAACGGCAAGAGAUACUUCACAUGUCCACCAAAUUAUGGUGGUUUCGUGAAACCAGUCUAUGUAACUGUUGGGGACUUCCCCGAAGAAAAAUAUGAUCUGGAGGACGAAAUAUAAGUUUAUUUGCCCUACAUUUAUACAACUAUAUCGCUGAUGCUUUAAUUUGCUUAGAACUAAUCAGUCAUAUAGAUUUUAUGCUUAAAUCUCAAAUAAAAUUUGAACAUGGACAAGCGAGAAACUUGAGUUAGAGGGAAACCUCUAUGAGAGAGAAAAUCAUAGCUGUCCCUUAGAUCAGUGUUUCCCAAAGUGGGCGAUAACGUCCCCUUGGGGGCGUUUGAAACCUAGGAGGG